ACCCUUAACUUAAAAAGCCCACAUUAAGCAUCCAUGUUGUAUGAAAAUUUUCAUCUUUCAUAGGUGUACCAAACACUUCCAACACUUCAAAUCAAAAACUCCAAUUUCUAGAUUUCAUCCAAAUCUUCUCUCCAUUAUGACUCUUGUUUUUCUUCUCACGACUCCAUCGUGAAUACUUCUAAAAUACCACUCUGUCUUCUUAUAUAUAUAUAUAUAUAUAAACUACAUACCAUCUCAAAACCACUCUCUCCGUCUCUCUCUCUCUCUCUCUCUCUCUCUAUCUACAAUGGCAGAAAAAGUUGUCUUCUUCUUCAUCCUGUUUGGUUUCUUCUAUAGUUCAGUUCACUGUCGGAGCUUGCCAGAGAGCUCCAACACUGUGGUUCUUGAUGUCACUGACUCGAUUGAAAAAACCCUAAAUGUGUUUUCAUUUGAUCUCGAAACCACUGUGGCGUUGACCCAACAAGAACAGAGCUUCUCAUCUUCGUCGUCGCUCUCUUUUCAGCUCCAUUCUCGGUCGUCCCUUCAUAAAGCUUCAAAUGGAGACUAUAAGUCGCUGACCUUAGCUCGACUCGAGCGUGACUCAGCGCGAGUCAGAUCGAUUCAGACCAGGUUAGAUCUGGCUGUUAGAGGCAUUGCCGAGUCAGAUCUAAAGCCAGUGGAUACCGAGUUAGAAGCGGAGGAUUUAGAGGUUCCGGUGAUUUCGGGAACGAGUCAAGGAAGCGGUGAGUACUUCUCCCGAGUCGGAAUCGGUCGACCAGCGAGUCAGGUGUAUAUGGUGCUCGACACGGGCAGUGACGUCAACUGGGUGCAGUGCGCACCCUGCGCCGACUGUUACCAGCAAGCCGACCCCAUCUUCGAGCCGGCUUCGUCGUCGUCGUACUCGCCUCUCACGUGCGAGACUCGGCAGUGCAAGUCGCUCGAUGUUUCCGAGUGUCGCAACGGCUCGUGCCUCUACGAGGUGUCGUACGGCGAUGGCUCGUACACCGUCGGUGACUUCGUGACGGAGACCAUCACGUUCGGCGGCUCGGCUUCGGUUAACAACAUAGCCAUCGGCUGCGGCCAUAACAACGAAGGCUUGUUCGUCGGAGCCGCCGGCUUGAUCGGGCUCGGCGGCGGCUCGCUCUCCUUCCCUUCUCAGAUCAACGCCUCUUCCUUCUCUUACUGCCUCGUUGACCGUGACUCGGACGCGGCCUCAACUCUCGAGUUCAACUCAGUAACCCCGCCUAACGCCGUCACGGCUCCUUUAGUCCGUAACAGUAAACUCGACACCUUCUACUACCUCGCCUUAACGGGGUUCAGCGUCGGCGGCGAGUCGAUUUCAGUCCCUCCGACGGCUUUUCAGUUGGACAGCAAUGGCGACGGUGGAGUCAUAGUUGACUCGGGAACGGCCGUGACUCGGUUACAGACGGACGUAUACAACUCACUCCGUGACGCGUUCGUGAACGGAACGAAGAGCCUGCCGUCUACUAACGGCGUGGCGUUGUUUGACACUUGUUACGAUCUAUCAGGGAGAAAGAGUGUGGACGUUCCAAAGGUGUCGUUUCGUUUUCCGAACGGGAAGUCGUUGGAAUUACCGGCUAAGAAUUACCUGAUACCGGUUGACUCUGCCGGAACGUUUUGUUUUGCCUUCGCACCGACGAGCUCGUCGUUGUCUAUAAUCGGAAACGUACAGCAGCAGGGGACACGUGUCAGUUAUGACCUUUCCAACAAUCUUAUUGGGUUCUCGCCAAAUAAGUGCUAGAAAUCAGAGGAAUGUUUAGAUUUUAUUUAUUACAGUAUGUGUUUAAUGCCUAUCCUUCUAUGUUGUAAUAAUUAUUUAGAUUUAUUAUCCAAUUAAUGUCUAUCCUUAUUGGUUUUCCA